AUGCCGUUCUACCAAGUCCCGCCGACCUGGCAGCACAAUAUGAUCUGGGCCACCGUCUUCGACAAUGCAGGUCCCCAACGAGAUGCCGGUGGAGAGGCUGGAGCAAUGGUUCCGCUCCAACUCAUAGCCUUUGAGCUGCAGCCGGACUGCUUCUUCGUCUACCGCCAGCAGUACCCGCGCAACCUAGGCCGCUGCUACAUCAGCAUCAACCUGUCCAAGCUGCCUUGGGAGUGCAACGAUCCCCGCUUCGUGGCGGAAUGCGUGAUACAGACGACAAUCGAGAAGGAACUUCCGUUCAACAACGAGCGCGGAAACAUGCAGCUGAACAUGACCACCGAUUGGCAGUCUGUUUUGUUGAGGGUGCCCUGCCACCAUAAGAAGUGCUCGGCGGACUGGCACGACAUGAUGGACUGGCACAAUCCGAAGGACCACAGGUUCGAACUGGAUCCGGAGGCGCCUGUAUUCAUACCGAGGGGCUCGGAUAGAAGUGGGAACGCGACCACAUCAAGGGCUACCGAGUAG